AUGGAGGAGCUGACUGCGUUCUGUCCCAAGUCGUUUGAUCCCAAAGCCAAGGAGAAGAAGGAGCUCAUCACCUACCGCGAGGUGCUGGAGAGCGGGCCCCUGCGCGGCGGCGGCGGCCCGCGGGAGCCCGGCGGGGCGGCGGCGGAGCCGGGCCGGGAGGACACGGGCAGCCCCGCGGCGCGGCCGGCCGGGCGCUCCCCGCCGCGGGAGCCCGACGCCGCCGCCGAGAGAGCGGCCGAGGCGGCCACCCCCAAGCUCAGACCGCGGGAACGGCGGCACCGCGGGCUCCCCCUUUUCCCGUUCCGUUUCCCCUUCGUCCCCUUCCCCCGUCGGGGUCGGUACGCGCGGGGCGGCCCGCGGUCGCGGGUGGCCGGGGGCCGGCGGGGAGAAGCUGAAGAGCGCAAGAGGAUGCGAAGCGAUGGUUAAGACGAAGGCAGACCUAAAAUCAAGCAGAGGGAGUACCGGACGAAUCUGGAAAGGCUUUUUGACGAGACUCACUACCCGGACGCGUUCAUGCGGGAGGAACUGAGCCAGCGGCUGGGGCUCUCCGAGGCCAGGGUGCAGGUUUGGUUCCAGAACCGCCGGGCCAAGUGCCGCAAGCAGGAGAACCAGCUGCACAAAGGGGUGCUGAUCGGGGCCGCCACGCAGUUCGAGGCCUGCCGGGUGGCUCCCUACGUGAACGUGGGCGCGCUGAGGAUGCCCUUCCAGCAGGUGCAGGCGCAGCUGCAGCUGGACAGCGCCGUGGCCCACGC